CCUAUUUGGAACGUGAUCUCAAUUUAAUUGGUAAUGAAUAUAAUUGGUCUUUAUCUAUAUUCUUUUUAGGUUAUAUAAUAUUUGAAGUGCCAACCAACAUUAUUUCAAUCAAGAUCAAACCUUCAAUUUGGCUCUCAACACUCAUGAUCAUAGGGGGCUUCAUAGUGGUAGCCAUGGCAUUUGUAAAAAAUUAUUCUCAAUUGAUGGCUACAAGAUUUUUAUUAGGUGUUUUUCAAACUGGUCUUUAUUCUGGUAUUAUAUUUUAUUUUACCAAAUGGUACAAAAAAUCUGAACGAAGUUAUCGACUUGGCUUAUUUAUUGCUGGUGGCAUAAUUUCUGGUGCCUUUAAUGGUCUUGUGGCAUUUUCGAUCACAAAUUUGACUGGUAAAUUUGGUUUGAAUGGUUGGCAAUGGAUAUUUCUUAUUGAAGGAGCGAUUACAGUUAUAUUUGCAUUUUUUUGUUAUUUUUUAAUCCCUGAUUAUGUGGAAACCACUACUUGGCUUACGGAUGACGAGCGAAAGCUGAUCGUUGAAAGAUUACGACUUGAUACGGGAAAUGUCCAUGCAACUCAUUUUGAUAAGCAUCAGAUUAUUUUGGCUUUUAAAGAUUUGAAAAUCUACAUAUUUAUGUUUAUACAUUCUUGUCUACUUAUUACAAUGUACUCUUUCUUUUUUUUCAUUCCAACGAUCGUGAACGGUUUAGGAUUUGAUGUUGUUAUUUCCCAACUUCUUUCCACUCCUCCGUAUAUUCUUGGAUGUGUUUCAUCCAUUAUAAUAGCAAAAUUAUCUGAUAGUCACAGAAUUCGUAGUCCAUAUUUAAUCUUUGGUUUAUUCGCAUCAAUUAUUGGGAUGGCAGACAAUUUGGCAGGUGACUCUAAACGUUCCGUAGGCUGUGCGAUGGUAAUUGCCUGGGGUAACUUGGGUGGUGUAGUAAGCGCACAAAUAUAUAAACCUAGCGAUGCUCCAGCUUAUAUAACUGGUCAUACUGUUACACUAUCAUUUUUAGUUUUCGCUAUAGUUUUAUCUAUUAUUCAACGUUAUUAUUUGAAUAGAUUGAAUAAAUAUAAGCUUGAAGAUCCUAAAAGAUUUUUAAAAGGAUCUAAUGUGGAUGAUGUUACACAUUUAGGAGAUUUACAUCCUUCAUUUAUUUAUAGCCU